AUGAUCCCCUUGACAGCUUCCUUGUGGAGCUCCCUUGGGGCCUUCGAUUUCUCCUCGAUUUGGUACUCAACAACUCUCUGGGCUUGGGUCUUCAUUGUUUGCUGCCACUGGACCUACAAGUCGAAACCCAUCCCGGAAAAGCCCAGUUUUACACCGGAUGAUGUGACCGUGGUGAUCCCUACAAUCCACAACCGUAUGGAAGAGCUCCGUCCCUCCCUCCAGAGCAUCUUGGCCUGCCAGCCGUAUGAGCUCAUUCUCAUCACAACCGCCGCCAAGCAUGAUGCCCUGAAAAAGCUUGCCGACUCGCUGAACCACCCCCGGAUUCGGGUUCUGUUCACACAAAUUGCAAACAAGCGUCUGCAAGUCUGCGCCGCGCUACCGCAAGUCCGGACUCGUAUCACGAUCAUGGCAGACGACGAUGUCGAGUGGCCCAAGACCUUGAUGCCUUGGCUCCUGGCACCUUUUGAAGAUCCAAAGAUUGGUGGCGUCGGAACGUGCCAGCGUGUCCGUCGCGAAUGGAAUGCCGACCUGAAGACAAGGAUUUUUAACUGGCUAGGAGCUGCCUACAUCGAGCGCCGCAACUUCGAGAUCUCCGCUACCCACAACAUCGAUGGGGGCACGUCUUGCAUGUCCGGACGCACUGGGGCCUACAGGUCUGAAAUCUUGCAGAGCGCUGAGUUUCUCGAUGGUUUCCAGCGUGAGAAGUGGCGCCACUACAUUCUUAACGCCGACGACGAUAACUUUGUGACCCGAUGGCUAGUCAGCCACCAGUGGAAGACCUGGAUCCAGUACGAGCGGGAGUGCGAGCUCGAGACAACUUUGGAGAAUGGAAUGAAGUUCUUGUACCAGUGCUCCCGAUGGGCACGAAGCAACUGGCGCAGUAACUGGACCAGCCUUGUGAUUGAGCGUUAUGUGUGGAGCCAACAACUCUGGUGCACAUAUGCGCUGCACAUCGCCACCUUCACCUCUUUGGCUUUCGUGAUGGACCCGUUCAUCAUUUUCUCACUUUGGAAGGCAACCGCGAACUGGGAUGCUACGAGCCGCCAGUAUGCCUUCUGGGCCCAGAUCAUCUUCGUGUUCGGUUUUACCAAGGUCGUCAAGCUUGUGGGUCUCUUCAUGAGAAACCCCAGCGAUAUCAUGUUCCUGCCGGUCUCGAUCCUUUUCGGAUAUUUUCAUGGCCUCAUCAAGCUUUAUGCCCUCGCCACUCUCAACAUGACGUCAUGGGGUAGCCGAGCAGAUGGAGAUGUCCACGAUCGACAGCGUCUUAUGCGACCCCAGCGAAGCCUGAGCAUGAGCACACCAAACGGGAAGGGCGAGCUCGUGCGCUACGUCACUCAGCGCCGCAUGACACUGCCGUCCCGGUACGAAAAGCCAGUGAUGCACGACGUCGACUGA